UGUCCUGCUCGGUUCCCCUCUAGCUCGAUAGUUGCUCGACGCACCUACCGCGGCAGAGUUGCGCAGAGAGAGUCCACGGCACGGCUUGGUUUCAUUCCACCAACCAACCCGAUCCUCUCCCAACCAUGGCCGCGGCCCUCCCUCGCCGGUGGCCCCUCCUCCUCCAGCUGGGUUUCGCUAUCGCCGUCUUGCUCGCGGCGGCCCCGGCGGCCGAGGCGUGGACGGGGGAGAUCCGCGGCCGCGUCGUCUGCGACGUCUGCGGCGACGCCGCCAUCGGCCCCGAGGACCACGCCCUCGAAGGGGCCGAGGUUGCUGUACUCUGCAUCACAAAAUCAGGUGAGGUUAUCAACUACCAAGCCUUCACAAACUCCAAGGGCACGUACACCAUUGCUGAGACGAUGCCAGAGAGCGACCGGUGGGAGUCAUGCUUGGCAAGGCCCAUCAGCAGCUUCCACCAGCACUGCACUCGGAGGGGCGACGCUCACUCCGGGGUGAAGUUCACUUACAGCAAGCCAUCAGGGAACUCGCACACUGUCAAGACAUUCCUUUACAAGCCUGUCAACGCCCCUCUGUAUUGUAGUUAAACAGUUCCAUCAGACCAUCACAGUUGGUUUGAAGGCAAAAAUAGGAACAUACAGGAAGGAUAUGUAUUAGUACCUUGGUUCCAUUUAUAAGUAAACGUAAGUAAACAUGGUUUGAGUUGUAAGUUGGAGUUUCCAGAUGUGAAUGGGAAUGUGUUGUCUUACUAUCUGUACUUGCAAGGAAACAGAUGCCGCAUGCUUCAUGAUCAUGAAUCAG